ACGGUAACGAAACUCUAUUGGUUGGUGUCCCUUGGUUCCGUGAGCGGAAGAUUCUGGAACGUAAGGCUCGGUCGCCAUUUUGUUGCGUUGCGUACGGAGGGGUUACUGGAGCGGAAUAUCAACUCAUUGGUUAGCAGACAUGGCAUCAGAUGACUUUGAUAUUGUGAUUGAAGCAAUGUUGGAGGCGCCUUAUAAAAACCAAGAGAGGGAGGAAGAAACUCCCAAUCCAGAGACCAACAAUAAUCAGGCAAAUGAGACCAACAAUAAUCAGGCAAAAGAGACCAACAAUGAACAGGCGAAAGAGACCAGCAGCAGCCGGUCUGGAAAAGCCAGUAGCAGCAGCAGGAGAAGUAGAAGUAGGAAAAGGAGCAGGAGCAGAAGUCAUGAUCGACGUCGAAGCCGCAGUCGGAGUAGGGACCGGCACAGACGUCGGGGCAGCAGGGAUAGACACCGAAGCCGUGAGCACAGGCAUAGAAGCCGCAGCCGGGGAAGACGACACAGCUCAAGGAGUCGUGAUCGCCGGCGAGAUGAACGUUCCAGACACCGUAGUCCCGGGCGGCGCCACACACGUAGCAAAAGUCGCAGCCCCCGACAUAAGGAAAAAAGUCCCAUCAGGCAACCAGAACCUAUCUUAACUCCAGAAGAACGUGAUGCAAGAACAGUAUUUUGUAUGCAGCUGGCUGCUCGCAUUCGUCCACGUGACUUAGAGGACUUUUUCUCUGCUGUAGGAAAAGUGCGAGAUGUGAGAAUUAUAGCAGACCGAAACUCUCGCAGAUCAAAGGGCAUUGCAUAUGUUGAAUUUGUAGCUAUCCAGUCUGUACCUUUGGCCAUUGGCCUAACUGGCCAGAGACUGCUAGGUGUACCAAUCAUGGUACAGGCUUCACAGGCUGAGAAGAACCGUUUGGCCGCUAUGGCAAAUAAUCUGCAGAGAGGAAAUGCUGGACCCAUGCGUCUCUAUGUAGGCUCUCUGCACUUCAAUAUCACAGAGGACAUGCUAAAAGGAAUUUUUGAACCUUUUGGAAAGAUUGAGAACAUUCAGCUUCUUAGAGAACCUGAUACAGGGCGAUCCAAGGGUUAUGGAUUUAUCACGUUUUCAGAUGCAGAGUGUGCUCGGCGAGCCCUGGAUCAGUUGAAUGGCUUUGAGUUGGCAGGUCGACCUAUGAAAGUUGGUAAUGUGACAGAUCGUGGUGAUGGCAGUACAGAUGUUUCGUUCCUCGAUAAUGAGGAUCUUGAACGCAGUGGGUUUGAUCUGGGGGCAACUGGAAGAUUGCAGCUCAUGGCUAAAUUGGCAGAGGGUACUGGUCUGCAUUUUCCACUUGCUGCUCAAGCUGCUCUGCAGCUAAAUGGAGGCAUUUCACUGGCUGCCCUGAAUCCUGCCCUUUCAGCUCUUAACCCGGCUUUGAAUUUGGCAACUCAGUCAUUUUCCUCACAGUGUUUCCCACUAUCGCAACUCUUCAAUCCACAGACCAUGUAACACUUGGAAAUGCAGAUCUACCGACCAAUCAAGAUGCGUCUUUGACUUGCUAAGUUGCACAGAUGUGGUGUAUUGACUCUUUCCAUUUGUGCUCUAAUUGAAGAAGUACACCCAGAAAUAUAUAUCCAUCCUUGCGCAGACAUCUUGGAAGGUGCUUGUUGGGGGAUGUUGAGCCGUUUCUUAAAGACCUGAGUCACUGUACAUUGGGGAAAGCAGCCUUUUGUAAAUAUGUUCUUUUGGUGUACCUAAUAAAACAGUUAAUGUUCUUCGACUAUUGUAGCAUUUCCCCAGUGUUUUUUGUAAAUAUUUUUUCAAUGUGCUGUGUAGCAACAAGGUUGUCUUUAUGGUUAUCGUCAUAACAGCUUGGUACUGAAGGGCCUAGGACUGUUGAAUCUAUAAAUAGGCGAUUGGUGCAAUCUCUGUAAAUACAAUAUGUAAUAAAAAUUGUUCCAAGUGUAAUA